AUUAACAGAAAUAUUAUUAGACGUAUUUGCGUUAAUAUUCUGUGUAGUUUGGCUUUCAAAUGUAUGUUGAGUCGCUAUUAAGCCAAUAAAUCGUUAAUGUGAAACUGUGUAUGGAUUAUAUUCAUUCACAUAAACAAAGGAAUAGUUUGAUAGGAGCAAAUAUACAGGAACUCGAGAACUCCCGCUCCGGGUUUCCUCAGGUUCGCGUGUAUAGUGAAGGGCAGCUCCUCAGGUUCGUGUGUAUAGUGAAGGGCAGCUCCUCAGGUUCGUGUGUAUAGUGAAGGGCAGCUCCUCAGGUUCGCGUGUAUAGUGAAGGGCAGCUCCUCAGGUUCGUGAGUAUAGUGAAGGGCAGCUCCUCAGGUUCGUGUGUAUAGUGAAGGGCAGCUCCUCAGGUUCGUGUGUAUAGUGAAGGGCAGCUCCUCAGGUUCGUGUGUAUAGUGAAGGGCAGCUCCUCAGGUUCGUGAGUAUAGUGAAGGGCAGCUCCUCAGGUUCGUGUGUAUAGUGAAGGGAAGCUCCUCAGGUUCGUGUGUAUAGUGAAGGGCAGCUCCGGGUUUUCUCAGGUUGCUCUCCUCCUUCUCCGUGUGUUCGUUCAUUCAGCUGUUGCAGCCGCAGCGUCUCAUUUACACCGAGCUGCGCGGACUGAAUGCUAACGAUAUCCUCCUGGACUUCGCUAUGACACUAAGCAAAUUAUGCAGCAUUUCCAAAGCAGCUUCUUUAUCAAUCGCUGUGUUUACUUCUCUCAAUAUCACCUGCAUUUAGUUAAGUCGCGGCUUGUCAGCGAGAACUAGCUUCGUUUUGCUUUUGACUAGCGUGAACAAGUGGCUAAACGAAGCAGCUAUUUUUUAGACCAUCUUCUUGCGAAGAAAUUCCAUCCAACAGACAUGGGAAUCAUUUUUACAAAGCUAUGGAGGCUUUUUAACCACCAAGAGCAUAAAGUCAUCAUUGUUGGACUGGACAAUGCAGGAAAGACAACAAUCCUUUAUCAGUUUUCUAUGAAUGAAGUAGUUCACACCUCACCCACAAUAGGCAGCAAUGUUGAGGAGAUUGUAGUGAACAACACGCAUUUCCUCAUGUGGGAUAUAGGAGGCCAGGAAUCUCUGCGCUCUUCAUGGAAUACAUACUACACUAAUACAGAGUUUGUGAUAGUUGUGGUGGACAGCACAGACAGAGAGAGGAUCUCUGUGACCAGAGAAGAGCUCUACAGGAUGCUAGCUCAUGAGGACCUUAAAAAGGCUGGUUUGUUGGUGUUCGCCAACAAGCAGGAUGUGAAAGGUUGUAUGACAGUGGCUGAAAUCUCACAGAGUCUACAGCUUACUUCUGUUAAGGACCACCAGUGGCACAUUCAGGCCUGCUGCGCUCUCACAGGGGAGGGACUGUGUCAGGGGCUGGAGUGGAUGAUGUCACGACUGCGAGUGAGAUGACUUCUGACUGUAGCAAACGGUUCACACUCUUUCUCCUCCUCACGUGGAGGCCAACUGUCGCUCACUGUGAAGGUGGCCUGGAGAUGUCACCCAGACUUGUGUUUCGAUUAAUUUAUUACAGCUCGUGGAGAACUGUGAACAGAAUUCUUCAACUAACUAUUCAAAAGGUUCGGGAUGGGCAAAACCACAUAGUGUUUUUCUGCUCAGUUGCUCUCUAAAGAGUCUAACAGGAAAGAAGCAGAGGAGCAUGUUGGCUGAGCGCAUGUGUAACUGACUGAGGCUCUGCAUGGAGUGACUUCGAAGUAUUGUCUGACUGUCUGACAUAGUAUUGCACUGUGUGUUCAGUCUAGUAUUUACCUUGACCAUGAGCCUGUGUCUGAGUCCAGGGCAUCAAGUAAGUAAGAGUAAAAACACCAUGCAAGGGAAGUCUUCUCUUAAUGUACAAACAAAAAUGUUAAUAAAGAGUUUUUACCCAUGAA